AUGAUGAUUUUCUAUCCAUGCGACGAUGCUAAUCGCUGUGAUCCCAAUCCUUGUGGAGAUGGGCAAACUUGCGUUCUCGACGCAACCAAUCAGCCGAUUUGCGAAUGUCCGGAAGGAUCGCUGCUGAAUUCGGCCGGAACAUGCCAAGUUGUGGCUUCAAUGGCCGUCGAUGAUUUUUCAGAUCUUGUGAAUUACAAAUUCAUAAGACUUCGCCGUAGCCCCUCAGUCUCUCUUUACGACAACAACGGUCUUGUGAUUGACCUUGCGAGUGCCGACGCAAGUGAAAUCACAGUUCUUGCAGAAGUAGAAGAAUGUGGAGAAUCAUUAACAGUUGAUGAAUGCCCUUUAGAAAAAAAUUCCGCAAUAUUAAACGGAGAAUCUGCGACGCUGAGCUCUCUGAUAUUUCUCAAGUCUGUCAAUCAGCGACUCAGAUUUUCUCUCCGAAAAAAUGGAGUCAAUUUCCUACCGGACAUCUGGAGCAUUUCCGGCGAGUUUGUGAUUAAAGAUGGACUGGAAGCAGCGCCGUGGAAUAUCACAUGGACAGGCGAUCAUUCAACGAAAAACGCUGAUCAAUUCGGAAACUUCGAUUUAGACAAUAUUACAUUCUACUAUACCGACGUGGACGAUCACGUCGCCGUUCCUGCCGGCAACUAUUUUUUAAGUCUUAGAAUUGUCGCCUUCGACAGCUGGGGACCCGAGGAUAUGUUUUUUCUAGAUGAAAAUUAUGGAGGGUCUGUUAUGUCUUCUGGAAUUUUCGAGCUAACUCUUUCUGACACUUGUGCGCAGGAAUGUAACGCAAAUGGAUAUUGUCAUCCGACAGCAUCGACUUUCGGCACUCCAUCUUGUGUCUGCAACGACGGUUACGAAGGCGACGGUGUCGAUUACUGUAUCGAGGUCAUCGACGAAUGCACGAGCAAUCCAUGCCCUGCCGAACAAGAAUGCACAGCUGAUGAUUGCCUUGAUAUUGAUGAGUGCGCGGACAAUCUUCAUGUCUGUAGCGAUGGAACUAGCUGUGAAAACACAUUUGGCGGGUACUUCUGCAAUGCAGACAACAAUCAGCCAAGUUGCGACCCAAACUGCGAUGCUGGCUUCUUUUGCGAUUCGGCAACGGAAACAUGUGUUGACAUAGACGAGUGCUCUGAGGGCACUCACGAUUGCAAGGAUUUCGAAAGCUGCAGAAAUACAAACGGAAAAUUCAUGUGUGAUUUCGACAACAGUCAGUGUCGUGACGAUUUACCGCGACCUGAAUGGAAAGGGCGAUCAGGAAUGCGAUACGUUUAUCAAUCCUCUAACGGCGCCGUGAUGGGUAUGAAGUUCAAGAACAAGUUCAAAACGGUCAACAUCCGCAACGAACUCUACACGGGCGUCAUUAUGUUCACCAAGACUGUCUGCGGAAUGGACUUUCUUCGCGCCCUUCAAGAUGGCAGAGUACGAAUCGACCUCGUGGAUUCAUCCCCUCUCUAUCAGAUGCAUGAUUUUCACUACAAAAAUCAGCAGAAGUACUCGGCCAUCGGUUUCACAUUUGAUCUUCUGAGCAUCGAAACAAAAGAUAUGCCCUGGUCUUUCAAGUCUGGAAUUCCAACCAAAAAUAUGGGCUCUGAUGACGUCUAUAUUUCCUUCACAGGUUUGGAACAAGUCAACUGGCUCACGAAUCAGGAGAAUUGCCUUCUUCUUGGCGCUCAGGCAGCUCUUCCUUACGACGAUUUCGACGAAGUCGACAGAGCAUGUUUCGUCGAUUUGAAGACUUUCUGGAAAACGCCCCCUCUUCCGAAUCCUUAA